AAAGUUUGACUGAUUGGAUGGCUGACAUAAUGCUAUGAAAAUUUUAUUGGCCAAACUACCUCGUCCAUGGAUUGUCGACGAGAAAAAAGAUGACGGUUACACGGCCCUUCACCUUGCCGCCCUUAAUAAUCACGUAGAAGUCGCCGAACAGCUGGUACUUCACGGAAAGGCUAAUAUGGACCUACAAAACGUCAAUCUCCAAACUGCUCUUCACCUUGCUGUUGAAAGACAACACACGCAAAUAGUUAGACUUUUGGUCAGAGAAGGGGCUAACUUAAACAUCGCCGAUAAGGACGGUGACACUCCGUUACAUGAGGCAUUACGUCAUCAUACUUUAUCACAAUUGCGACAACUUCAAGACGUACAAGACGUGGGGAAGUUGCUUAUGGGGUUAGGAACGCAAGGAUCCGAUAAAAAGUCUUCAGCGAGCAUCGCUUGUUUCCUUGCUGGAAACGGUGCUGACUUGACAAUCAAGAAUAAAAAAGGACAAACACCACUGGAUCUUUGUCCCGAUCCGAACUUGUGCAAGACCUUGGCUAAAUGUCACAAGGACAAACAGAGCGGUGAAAUGGAUAUGGGUCCAAAUCAGAAUACUCAGAACACAAACAUUACGUCGACUCUGGACGAGUGCCUUGUGUGUUCGGAUAGCAAGAGAGACAUGCUGUUUCAGCCGUGUGGCCACGUCACGUGCUGCUCAGCAUGUGGUCCCCGCGUCAAGAAAUGUCUGAUUUGCCGUGAAUCAGUCACAGGAAGAAUUAAGAUUGAAGAAUGCUUAGUCUGUUCGGACAAGAAAUCUUCUGUUUUGUUCAAACCAUGUGGACAUAUGGUUGCAUGCGAGAGUUGCGCUCAAAUAAUGAAGAAAUGCGUUUUAUGCCGCUCUCAGAUUGAACUGAUGGUUCCUAUGACCGUGUGUAGUGGAGGUUUAGGAACAAUAUCCGAAGUAAAAGCGGACGUUGAAGAGGAUCCAAUCAAGCCUCAACCAGCAACUGCUGCAGAAAUUAUUCCUCCUCCAGAACAACUUAUGAACAACGGCGGUAGAGACACCACAAACGUCAGCGACAUACAGAAAUUGCAACAACAAUUACAAGACAUCAAAGAACAGACCAUGUGUCCAGUGUGCUUGGAUCGUCUCAAAAACAUGAUUUUCUUGUGCGGACAUGGAUUAUGCCAGAUGUGCGGUGAUCAGAUGACGGAAUGUCCCAUUUGCAGGAAAGCUGUAGAAAAAAGGAUUUUGCUCUAUUGAAGUAACAAAGUAUCACCAGUCUUUCAGUGAAGUUAAGGUGAAGCACCAAAAAAAGUUUUUUAUUAAUUAUUAAUAAGUGAAAAGUUUCAUGAAAUUCAAGUUCGUUAAUUUUCAUUAUAUGACGCAUAUAAUAGUAUAUUGUUUUAUUAGUAGUAAAAAUGACAUCUUUCGUGGCGAGGUUGUACGUUUGUACAGCCUCGAGGCACAAUAAGUAAUUUUUACUCUGAAUAGAACAUGUUUUUUUCAAGCGCCACAAAUAAUUUUUUAAACAAUUUCAAACGUUCCAAAUAAUAUAAAAAGAU